AUGCUUCUCAGGCAACUGCGCCCACCCCAGACCACCCCACCCCACCCCACACCACCCUGCACCACACCACCCCACCCCACACCACCCCACGCCACACCACCACACCCUGCACCACACCACCCUGCACCACACCACACCACACCACCCAACACCAUCCCACAUCCCCCACCACACCAUCCCACACCGCACCACAUCACACCACCACACUACACCAUCCCACACCACACCACCACACUACACCAUCCCACCACCACACUACACCAUCCACACCGCACCACAUCACUACACCAUCCCACACCACACCACCACACUACACCAUCCCACACCACCACACUACACCAUCCCACACCACACCACCACACUACACCAUCCCACACCACACCACCACACUACACCAUCCCACCCCACACUACACCAUCCCACACCACACCACACCACCACACUACACCAUCCCACACCACACCACCACACUACACCAUCCCACACCGCACCACAUCACUACACCAUCACACCACCACACUACACCAUCCCACACCACACCACAUCACUACACCAUCCCACACCACACCACCACACUACACCAUCCCACACCACACCACCACACUACACCAUCCCACACCACACCACCACACUAUACCAUCCCACACCGCACCACCACACUACACCAUCCCACACCGCACCACAUCACUACACCAUCCCACACCACACCACCACACUACACCAUCCCACACCACCACACUACACCAUCCCACACCACACCACAUCACUACACCAUCCCACACCACAUCACUACACCAUCCCACACCACACCACCACACUACACCAUCCCACACCGCACCACAUCACUACACCAUCCCACACCACACCACCACACUACACCAUCCCACACCACCACACUACACCAUCCCACACCACACCACCACACUACACCAUCCCACACCACACCACCACACCAUCCCAUACCACACCACCACACUACACCAUCCCACACCGCACCACAUCACUACACCAUCCCACACCACACCACACCACCACACCACCACACUACACCAUCCCACACCACCACACUACACCAUCCCACACCGCACCACAUCACUACACCAUCCCACACCACACCACAUCACUACACCAUCCCACACCACACCACCACACUACACCAUCCCACACCACAUCACUACACCAUCCCACACCACACCACCACACCACCACACUACACCAUCCCACACCACCACACUACACCAUCCCACACCGCACCACAUCACUACACCAUCCCACACCACACCACAUCACUACACCAUCCCACACCACACCACUACACCAUCCCACACCACACCACCACACACCAUCCCACACUACACCACCACACUACACCAUCCCACACUACACCAUCCCACACCACACCACCCCACCCCACACUUCCUUUCUCCUUCAUACUGUGAGUGUAUGGCCCUGCGUUGA